AGUUUUAGCAAUGUAGAAAUGGCAGCAAAGCUAAACGCGUCGGAGUCGUUGGAUUGUUCAGAUUCAUCGUCUUCAAACGACCAGUCUGUGUCCAACCGGAGCAGCAACAGAGUCGCAGAAAAAGAGAGGAGGAAAAAUGAGGCGGAGGACCCGUUUGUCCUGGCCCUGAAGUACUUCUCUGACGUUGAAGCAGGUACUCCUCAUCAAGGCAAUGAUGAUUUUGAAAAUAACCUGGCGCUUGUGGAGAAGGUGGCCUACAGUCGAGGACUUCCUCCAGAGGCCAUCUCUAUCAUGCUGGAGUUUGCGAUGAGCCUUCGCAUGGGGACGAGUCCAGUGGUGCGGGUGCUGAAAUGUCUAAUUCCUGCCUCUGUGGUCCCACAAGACGCCAUUGUCCGAGCAGUAGUUUGGCUGGGUAUCAGCAAAAUAACUGCUGGUACACAAGUUCUUUUCAUAAAGUGGGUGUUGACCAUUUUUGACAUGAUUGACGCAAAAGACCAACUGAGGGCUGUCUAUGGCUUCAUCUUCAGCUUUGUGACAGAUGAAAAUCUGUGUCCUUUCAUCUGCCACCUGUUGUACCUUUUGACCAGAAAGGAAAGUGUGCGAGUAUUCAGAGUAAGAAAGCUGCUGGAUCUGCAAUCUAAACUGGGAAGGCAACCGUUCCUCCUGCAUCUAUUGUCACUUUACAAAGUUUUUUGCCCUGAACUGGUGACACUCUCCAUUCCAUCAAGAAUGAGGAGUGGGUUUAGGAACCACAAUUCUCCUUGGAAAUCAACGUUGAUUAUUGUGCAGAAGAGAAAUGGUUCCCAACUUGCCUCCAUUGUCAACCCGGCUGUCACAUUGAAAGAUAAGACCAGCUCUAGGAAAAGGAAACACUGGCACCUGGAAAUACCGGCACUGAGUUCUGCAGUCAAUAAAGGAGCUCAGACUGAGCCAUCUCGCAGAAAGGUGGUCCCUCUGGUGCAGAUCCAAUCCUUUGCUCAGCUGCUGGAAAAUAUGCACCGUGUAGAGCUACCGGCUCAGAUGGGCUCACUGCUGGGCUCCAGUCUGGCACUGCAGUACCUGGACUGUGUACAGGAUGAGUCUGCCCUCCUACGCCUCAACUUCUGGCUAGGCUACGCUCUUCACGAAGAAUUUUUGUUCUGCAGCGAUGGAGGAGCUUCCCAGAAUUCAGAAGAGGCUCUACAGCUUUUGGAUAAAUUGCUAUCCGCUCACCACUUUCUCCAGGAGGGGUUUUCCAGUUCAGAGGCUUUUCUCUACAAGUUUCUCAAUGUUUGGGACGGAUCCCUCCUCCGCCCACAGAUCCUUGGGCUUCUGAGCAACAUUCCUGUUGUUCCAAGUUCCCAAAUCGGACAGCUUCUGUUUGAGCCCCUCAUGCAGCUCUUCUUCACGUCCUCGCCCUUUUUCAAGUGCGGAUUGAUGGAGUCCCUCAACAAUAUGCUGCGGAAGUGGCUGACCUGGCACUCGGUGUACGCUCUGGAGGACGAUUUGGAUAUCAGCCUCAACAGCCACACCUCCAUAAACAUGACUCUGUCAGGAUUUAAGGACUCUGUGAUGGAGCUGGUGCACUUUGUGGGCCGCCUGGCCACAAUCGGCCUUCAGCUCGAAGGCUGUCACUCCCUCCUCUUCAAUUUCAUCCUGGACUUCUAUGAGACGGUGUGUGACAUGUUUCUUAAGUAUGGGCUCCCGCUCAUAGUGAUGCCACCUACUGGAGUCUUCUACCCUGCCCUGUUUGCCACUGACCCUGUGAGCGUGGACAGACUGGCCUACAUCAUGUACAGGUACAAAGUGAACUUGACAUCAGCCAAGAGUCAAGAAAAACUCACAGAGCAGGCAUUUCACAUCAGCCGCCAGACUUUCCGUGAAUUCAACAACUACUUGGUCUUCAUGGUCAACUGCUUGUGGAACUCCAAAAUGAUUCAUCUAGGCACGGAUAUCCAGCUGGGAGAGGAGCUGCUGCUCAAGAGCAACGUACCGCAGUACUGGGCGAGCUUCGACCUCAUCCACCACCCGGCCUUCAUGAACUACGCUGUCGACUUUCACAGAAGGUGUUGGCCGGGGAGGAAGGACAUGGACAUCAAUUCCAUAAAGCAUUCCAAGCCAUGGGGCUGGUACCUGGAGUAUCUGUUCACUCAGGGCUACGACGGCCUCAAACUGUUUAUUCAGAGCAACAUUAGCCGGCAGCUGCCAGCAGGCGACGGUCAAGGCGACAAACUGUCCACAGAUGAGAGGUAGACGCUCAGCUGAGUGGAGAGGGAAAACAACUUCUCGUAUCAGACCAUUUUAAAAAAAAAAGACUUGUAAAUAUUUCAUCUCUUCUUUCAUCUUCAAGCAAGCUUCUCGUCAGCGAUAUCUGAGUAUCUUUUUUAUGUAUAUAGAUCUAUUUGUGUUUAUCGUGUAUUUUAUAGAAUUGUCCAUUCAGCAAUAGUCCAUAAUGUCCUGGCGGCGAACUGCCGGAAGCAGUGCUGGUAGCAGGAUCCACUUCAAUGAGUACAUGUUGAACAAGGGAGGAUGACAUGUUGCAAAAAAAGUGACAAAAACUGAAAAGAAACCAUCUAAACUUGUUUAUCUUUUAAUUAAUACUAACAAAUGUUUUUUUAAUUAUUGUCUUUCAGUGUUGUUUCUCUUCUUUUUUUUUUGCAUCACAGAACAAAAUCUUGUGUUUAACAUCUACUCACCAACAUGGAAACAGCUACUACACUGAAAAUGCAUUUUUUUUAAAGCUCACUUGAUGUGUUUUUGUUUUUAAUACCCUUGUACAGCUUUCCGUCUGUAUCUCCCGGGAUUUUUGCUAAUUGUUAAAAAUACAUAAAAUGAAAUAAACAUCAAACUGUUGUGUCAUGACAGUUUUACAGGACAUUGGUUAAAGUGUCUGAAGCUUUCGGCC